AUGAAUCCAAAACAGUUAAUGGAAGAAGAGGCUGCUAGACUGGAGAAGGAAAAUAAGCGAAAGAUGCAGCGUAAAAAGUCCAGAAGGUACUCUGCGACGAUAUCCCGUGGCGACCGUUCAAAAACCUUGGAAGCCGAAGACAUGUGGCUUCUCGAAGGUGCAGCCGUGGAAGAAUUCAUGGUGGGAGAGGAUGAGCACAUGGCUUCCAAGGAGGACAUUCUACGUUUGAAGAAGAUCCGACAUGACGCGACUCAGGAGGUGUUUGAUCAAAGUGUCCAUCAUAAAGCCGAACGAAUGAGAGAGAUAAGAAUUCAAAAAAAAGCGAUUACACACAGAGAUUCCACCAGCGCUACUGUCCCGGGUGAAGUAGACUCUGAAGCGGUGGAAACUGAACAAGAGGUAAAGGCAACAUCUGCGGUCUCCACACCACCCGGAUUGUUGUCACGCCUUGAGAUGGAGAAUAUCCUCUCGGUUCUUCGAGACGUCGUUGGUGGGGAAGAUGGAGACAUCGGCAGGGUGGUAUCCGGCGCGUUGGCCGGCAAGCAAAACAAUCUUGAUACGCUAGCAGCGGUGGUGCAGGAUAAUGUAACGCGAGCCGACUUUCUCCAUACUAUAACUGAGCCGGGCUACGUUUUCUUCCUCCUAAACUGCCACUUCCGCUCGCCACGUGCCGUACUCAACAUGAUCAACAUCGUGCUCUCCGAUAAUCCCGCUCGUUCCAUUGAACGGGUCGCAUUGUCGAGGAAAUUGAACGAGACCCUAGGCGUACCGCCAAGCAGCGGCAACUCGAGAUUGAUGAAGUUUGCUCAUGAAUUUGAGGCGACCUGCCGUAUGGCAGUGGAAGGAUUGGUCCAGCGAGUAGGCAAGGGGCGGAGUAUUGCAGACGUAGAGGCAGAUUUUAGAGAAUGCCUCUAUCAGGAGGAAAUACACAUGGUGGAGUUUGCCGAUGCCGCCGAUCUUGAGAUGGAAGAGUUAAAAACUAUCGUGUUGCUGACUCUUACUUGUCAGAUGGAAGAAUUGAAGGAAUUCCUCGAGCAGCUGGCUCCUGUUCAACCGGAAAAUGAGGCUACAGUAGAGAGGUCACCAGACACGGAGACUGACGUGAGAUUUGAAGAUGCGCCUCCCUCGCGGUUUGAGUCAAAGGAGAUCCCCGUAGAGAAGAGCUCGGAGGAAAACGAGCAAUCAGUCAAGAAGGGUCAGGCUAAGAAAGUUGGUCAUGGUGCAAAACAUCCGGUGAAGACUUCUCUCUUUUAUGCAGCCAUAAGAUGA